UAAGCCUUCCUCAAGGAGGGUGUAUUUGUGCUCGGGCAUUGAAGACUGGGUAGGAGUUCAUUAGAGUCACUCAGCCUGGUGUGCAGAGUGACCAACCAAUCUUCCCUCUGCUUCUGCCAGGUGUGCCUGAGCCAGUGUCAGCCCGCCGAGCCUGCCCCCUCUCCCCGAUGGGGUGGUGACCGAUGGCGCCAGGCAGCUGGGGCGCCAUGUGGGCCAACGACAGCUGGGGGCCCUGUUUCCGGCCCACCAACAUCACCCGGGAGGACCGUGGCCUGAUCGCCUCGCCCUGGUUCGCCGCCUCCUUCUGCGUGGUGGGCCUGGCCUCCAACCUGGUGGCCCUGAGUGUGCUGUCGGCCGCACGCCAGUGUCCCCGCUCGUCCUUCCUCACCUUCCUCUGCGGCCUGGUGCUCACCGACUUCCUGGGGCUGCUGGUCACCGGCGUCAUCGUGGUGUCCCAGCACGCCGUCCUCUUCGACUGGCAGGCCGUGGACCCCAGCUGUCGCCUCUGCCACUUCAUGGGUGUCGCCAUGGUCUUCUUCGGCCUGUGCCCGCUGCUGCUGGGCGCCACCAUGGCCUCGGAGCGCUACCUGGGCAUCACGCGGCCUUUCUCGCGGCCGGCCAUGGCGUCGCCCCGCCGGGCCUGGGCCACGGUGGCCCUGGUGUGGGCCGUGGCGCUGGGGCUGGGGCUGCUGCCCUUGCUGGGCCUGGGCCGCUACACCGUGCAGUACCCCGGCUCCUGGUGCUUCCUGACGCUGGGCGCGCGGCCCGGCGACGUGGCCUUUGGCCUGCUCUUCGCGCUGCUCGGCGGCCUGUCCGUGGCGCUGUCCUUCUUCCUCAACACCGUCAGCGUGGCCACCCUGUGCCGCGUCUACCACGGUGCCGAGGCCGCCCAGCAGCGGCCCCGGGACUGCGAGGUGGAGAUGAUGGUCCAGCUCCUGGGCAUCAUGGUGGUGGCCAGCGUGUGCUGGAUGCCACUGCUGGUGUUCAUCGCGCAGACGGUGCUGCGGACCCCGCCGGCCAUGAGCCCCGCGGGACAGCUGUCCCGGGCCACCGAGCAGCAGCUGCUCAUCUACCUGCGCGUGGCCACCUGGAACCAGAUCCUGGACCCCUGGGUGUACAUCCUGUUCCGCCGCGCCGUGCUGCGGCGCCUGCACCCGCGCUCACCGCCACCGCCACCGCCACCGCCAGCCCCGGCCGGGCCCACGAGGACGUCCCGGGCGCCCGGAGCAGCGAGGGGCCGGGUCCGCGGGGCCAGCCCUGUCCCCUGA